AUGCCGAGGAACUUAUGGGGCGAAUUCUGUGAUGAUGAAAAACCAGCACAGACUGACCUAAACAAGGUGGUGCCGCUCAGUGCAAAGCGAAUCAAAUUGUCGGAAGUGCAAAAUCAAUUACCAGUUGAAAUUAACAAAAAUGUAACGGUUAAAGUGAAAAAUCCCUUGGUAACUCAAACCAUAGAAGUUAUGAAACAAACGGAAAUGUUACAGUCGCUGAUUGAUACCUAUUCCAAUAAGUCGGGCACCUCUAAUUACCUCCUAAACCCUUGUCAAAUGAUACCCGAAGUAGAUUUCCCACCAGAAAACGUAGCCGAUUUUGUAUCCGACGAUAAAUUUACAAAACCAAUUUGGUUUGUGCCACCACAAGAUACCAAUUUUGCCAAAGGUGUACCACAAAAUUAUCCUAAAAUCACCUCGGAAAUAUGUAGGGCAUCUUUGCGUAAAGCGGUAUGCGGUCAAAUGCGUGUCGCUGGUUUUACCGACACAGCUGAAUCGGCACUAGUUCUAUUCGCCGAUGCCUGUGAGGAAUUUAUGCGAAAUUUGCUGCAAAGUGUACGAGAAGUUCAUGCCAAUGAUACUAAAUUGGAAACGCAACGCGAUAUUGAAGUUAAAAAUUUAGAAAAGGCCUAUUAUUCGAUGACAAAUAAUUCGCUAACACAGGUUCAUAACUAUUUUAAACAUCAUUUGAUAGCAAAGAACCGCAUGGAAAUUGCCGAAUUCAAUGGUGUCUUCCAGGAAUACGACAAACUCAUGAAAGAAAGUCAAAGUAUGCAAAAGGAGGAAUUCCAAGAGGGUGACUUUAUGAAUAUCUUUGAAAUACCAUCAACUUCGGAUGGCAAUAAUUUGGGAAUGCAAGACUUUUCAAAUGCCACCACUGUUAUGGGAACAUCUGGCAUGGCGAAUAAUGUUAAUAUUGUAAAUCAAAAUACCCUCAUGAGUCUUUUGGACGGACAAAAUCAAAUCGCUAUGCAACAACCCGAUAGUGGGACACAAUCUACUGUGGAAUUACAAACAUAUACCACAGAUAUAAAUACACAUUUUCAAAAUCAAGAACAAUAAA